AUGCUCGCCGUGCGGCCUUCUAUGAGAUACCUGCUGGUCGGGUCUGUAAUUCUGUUCGCAUGUGUUUUCUUUUUCCUGCUGAGUACUGGCGACCCUAUCGAACCCUCCUCGAUCUCAGAACUGUCAUCGUCACCAUCACCAUCACCAUCACCAUCUUCAACCCCUGAACCCUCCUCCACCCCACUUCUGCAGGACCAACAACCAGAUUUGAACAUUACUCCUGCGCCUCCACCGAAUUUGGACGACCACUGCAAUGUAAAUGUUGAACAGUUGCGUGAGCUUGGAUACAAUCAAUCGAUCGAAUACGGGCGGUGGGACAUCGCGGUCGUGCGAACCCCGAAUUUUCAGGAUUUCUCGCUGGAUCUCAACCUGACCUUGCCGCUGUUUGAACCAAUUGACCUCGAUACCGAAGCUGAGGUUACCUUUGAACACUGCAGCCCAGAUGCCACAAUCUAUGCACCGCCGCGGCAACCUCACGCCGACGCAUCGCACAUGAUAUUUGGAUUUGCGACAUCAAAGGAACGGCUCAUAGACUCACUAGAGGGAUUCCAGUAUUGGGCGGGUGGUACUGGGGCGCGGAUGUUCGGCUGCAUUGCCAGGAUCACGGAACUCGAGAAGCAGAAUAUCGAGCAAAUGGCCCGGGACAGGGAUAUCCAGCUCACGAUUGUUCCUGCCAAUAACAGACGGCCCCCCGACAUUCAGGACAUGUACUUCUCGCUCACUAGGACUCUCUGGGAUAAUCGCGACGAAAACACCAAGUGGGCAGUCAUCAUCGACGACGACACUUUCUUCCCGUCCAUGCGGAACCUUGUCAAGCGAAUGGCGACAUACGAUGACUCGACACCGCAUUAUAUUGGCGCGCCGACGGAGGACUUUGACCAGAUGCGGACUAUGUGGUUUAUGGGAUAUGGCGGAGCGGGAAUCUUCAUGUCUAUGCCACUGCUCGAACAGAUAAACGAACAUUACACCGAAUGCUCUCGGAGCGGGAGCUACGGCGACCGGCGGGUCGCUGAGUGUAUAUAUAAAUACACCUCCACCAAGCUCACCUGGGACCGUGGACUCUUCCAACUGGACAUCAGAGGCAAUGCCGACGGCUUUUACGAAGCCGGUCGACCGUUGCCGUUAUCCUUGCACCACUGGAAGUCCUGGACCAAUGUGGAUGUGGUUCGGCAGGCAAUGGUCGCUGAGGUUUGUGGAGACGACUGCCAGUUGCGGCGCUGGCGGAUCAACGAUUACUGGUGGUUGAUCAACGGGUUCUCAAUCGUUCAGUACUCACAACCCUUGACCAAUCUGUUGUCUAUGGAGCAGACUUGGGCGUUGGGGCCUAUGGUCGAGAAUUUCAAAUACGGACACAGUUUGGGGCCACUACGGGAAGCGGACUCUGGCAAGAUCUCUUAUCGGUUGAAGUCGGCCACGGUGGACGGAAACGUUGUACGGCAAAUCUACGUCCAUGACCAAUCGCUGGAGGAACUUCCGCGCAGAGUGUGGGAGGUUGUGUGGACGGUGAUCGAAGAGCCAUGA